GCAUUCUAUAUUUAUGUAAUAUUUUAUUCUAUUUACGUUUGUAAUUUCAACGUAAAAUUUACAUAUAACAGUGGUUGAUGUCAUGGAUUGACUGUCCACGUUGUUACAAAUAUCUGCCUGUAUCGGGACACUUUUUAUAAGUGUAUGUGUAGUAAUUGAUCAAGAUUUGUAAAUAAAUGUAUCUAUUGUAUAUAUAUGUCUAUACAUUAUUGAUGCAAUAACAACAAUACCUUUAAUUAAUUAUGCUAAGUAACAUAACCAAAGCUUUUGUUGACGUAGUACUACCGGUACUUCAUAAUGCAAAAUCAACAAAAUUACAUCAGAUAACUAAACGCCAUUUUUGUCCACAUGAAUUAAAGAGACGCUUGAAGGCUGAACAAAAAUUAAAAGCGAAGGCAGAAAAAGAAGCAAAAGCAUGUGCUACAGCAGCAACAAACACCCAGGCCAAAGCCACUGGGAAAAAGGAUGAUGAAGAGAAUAUUAGUCCAAAUGAAUACAUUAAACUUCGGACACAAGCAGUUAAUCACCUAAAGAGUAUAAAUGAAAAUCCAUAUCCGCAUAAGUUUCAUGUAUCAAUAUCAUUGGAAGAUUUUAUUGAUAAGUUUAGCAACAUCUUAGGAAAUGGAGAAGUUUUAGAGAAUGAAGUACAUAGUGUUGCUGGUCGUGUAUUUUCAAUUAGAGAGUCUGGUGGUAAACUUAUUUUUUAUGACCUUAGAGGUGAAGGCCUUAAAAUUCAAGUCAUGGCAAAUGCAAGACAUUAUGAGAAUGAGGAAAAAUUUGCCACUGAUAUUUCUAAAAUAAGAAGAGGUGAUAUUAUUGGUGUUGUUGGAAAUCCUGGGAAAACUAAGAAGGGUGAAUUUUCUAUUAUGCCUCGUAGUAUUACCCUUUUAAGUCCUUGUCUGCAUAUGUUGCCAACCCUUUAUUUUGGAUUGCAAGACAAGGAAACAAGAUUUCGUCAACGCUAUUUAGAUCUUAUUUUAAACAAUAAAGUGAGAAAAACAUUUCAUGUACGAGCAAAAAUAAUCGCAUACGUCCGUAAAUUCCUUGAUGAACUUGGUUUUUUAGAAGUUGAAACACCAAUGAUGAAUAUGAUUGCUGGUGGUGCUACAGCAAAACCUUUUAUUACACACCAUAAUGAACUGAAUAUGGAUUUAUUUAUGCGUAUUGCUCCAGAAUUGUAUUUAAAAAUGUUGGUGGUAGGUGGAAUGGAUAGAGUAUAUGAAAUUGGAAGACAAUUUAGAAAUGAAGGAAUAGAUCUAACACAUAAUCCAGAGUUCACUACUUGCGAAUUUUAUAUGGCAUAUGCAGAUUACAAUGACUUAAUGUCUAUUACAGAAGAUAUGAUAUCAGGAAUGGUGAAAACUAUACAUGGUGAUUAUAGAAUAACGUAUCAUCCGGAUGGACCAGAUGGCGAAGAGGUCGUAAUUGACUUCACUCCGCCGUUUAAGCGAGUUUCAAUGAUGAAGACCUUGGAAGAGGUGUUAAAAGUUAAAUUACCUCCAGCAGAUCAAUUAAAUACACCUGAAGCAAAUGAAAUGCUUAGUAAUAUAUGUAUAAAGCAUGAAAUUGAAUGUCCUCCGCCAAGAACAACGGCUAGAUUGCUAGACAAGCUUGUUGGCGAGUUUAUAGAAGAAACUUGUAUUCAUCCCACGUUUAUCUUGGAUCAUCCACAAAUUAUGUCACCAUUAGCGAAAUGGCAUCGUUCAGAAAAGGGUUUGACAGAACGAUUCGAGUUAUUUAUUAUGAAGAAAGAAGUUUGUAACGCGUAUACAGAAUUGAAUGAUCCUAUAGUACAAAGGGAUAGGUUCGAACAACAAGCAAAGGAUAAAGCAGCAGGAGAUGAUGAAGCACAGUUGAUCGACGAGAACUUUUGUACUGCGCUAGAAUAUGGCUUACCGCCAACCGCUGGUUGGGGAAUGGGUAUCGAUCGUCUUACUAUGUUCCUCACAGAUGCAAACAAUAUAAAGGAAGUACUGUUAUUCCCACAAAUGAAACCAGAUGAUCCAAAUAAAAACAAAGUAGUGGAUGAUAAUAAAACACCAAAUGAUACUAACACACCUAGUGUCGAAAAGUGAGGACUGACACUGCAUUCUUUUUUCAUAGUAUACAGAUUAUUCUUUGUAUACACGUUUUAAGGAGUAAAUAAAUUUUACUUUCAAAACAACAA